AUGGCGUCCACCGACAUCGACCAGAAGCCAGCGCUUUCCAAUCCAGAGCCCCAAGGCAAUGCUGAAAAGCAGUCGUCCACAACAGUCCCUGGAGAUGAAGCUCCCCGACCACCUCCCACGGGCAAUGAGGAUGUGGUGACGGUGGCCGAAGAGGACGACAAAGAGCGAGAAAAGCAGGACAAUGGCGGCAUAAUCGACUACUUUAUGAUAAUGUAUAACUGUAGCGCAUCUAUACUUACUGCGAUCGUCUGGGCACUUUCCUUUACGUCGUGGCCGUCACGGACAUCCAUCUCCUCGGGUGCCGCACUCCCAUUGACCACCGGCGCCGAUGGCAGUAUUACUCUCCAAGAAUUCCGCGGCGAUGUCGACGACUUUGUUCUUUGGCUCGUCUAUCUCUUCGUUGGUCGCUUUGUCAAUGAGGAAGAUGACCUUGCCAGCCAAGUACGCCCAUAG